AUGGCGCCCGCCGCAGCUCGACGCGAGGCCACCAACGGCAGCCCGCCCAACCAUCGACAAGGAGCGCGAAGCCAACCCGCACCCGCAGCCAAGAGCACUCACCGGGAGAGCCACCCCGCGCCGCUCGCCGUCGUCCAGGGGCCGGAACAGGGGAGCCCUGACUGGAGGUCGGCCAGCACGCACCACCAGCUCGCGCGCCCGCCCCGAGCCCGUCCGCCGCGCCACAUGCCACAACAGACGUGCCCACCCUGCCGGAGAGGCGCCGCGCGCCGCCCCCGUCCGCCGGCCCACCAGAUCUGGCCGAGCCCAGACCAGGCCGCCACCGCAUCCGCGAGCAAGAGCCACCUCGUGAAGCCCACCGCGCCGCCACCAGGCCCUCACUACCCCGCCGCCAGGGCCCGCCGCCACGCCUCCGCGCCCCUCACCAGUGCGAAGCUCGGCCGGACGCCAUCGACCCGCGCCAACAACCUCCGAGCGGGAUGGAGAUGGAGCCCCGCCGCCACCGGCACCGGCGGGCUUUGCCCGACAGCAAGACAAUUGCGCCAGUACAAUUGA